AACAAUAAACCCCCUGCUUGUGCAACAGCCCGACCUCCCUAGCGGCUCAUUUUUAAAUGCGCCUCUACCACAUUGACUUUUACGUGGUAAGACAGAACUUUGUGUUCGCCGGCAACAUUUCCGCAACACGCAGUCAAGAAUGACCCUCGCGUCCAAGGCUCCAUGUUUCAAAUCCAAGUUCAUCACUGCUGAGCUGGCCCGCCUGUUCAGCCAGUCGGACAGCGAGGAGGAGUUUGAAGGUUUCAGCGAGGAUGAGGAAGAAGAGGACAAGCGGCCGAAGACCAAGAUGCUGGAUUCAGAGGAGGACAGCGAUGUGGACACAGGCUUCUACUCUGAUGGCGAGGAGGCUUCCCCACCAAAGAGGAGGAGUCUUUUAGUAGCCCUGAGGUUUCCCAUGAAAAGAUCGUCUACUCCCAAACAGAAAGCACAGGAGAACAAUGUCAGAAAGCCGGUCAAAGAUGCUCCUCCUUCCCAGAGAGCCAGAGGAAGGCAGAGGGUGAAGCAGAAGCCGCACAAAGAAGCGGAGGAGGAGGAGGAGGAGGAGGAGGAGGAGGAGGAAGAGGAGGAAGAAGAAGACAAAGAGGACGUCCUGUCUCAGAGUCUAAGAAAACGAGACAAGAACAUUCAGGAGAACAAGGCCAUGCUGGCUAAACUGUUCGCUGAUCUGACCACCAUGGCUGACCUGACUCUGCCCACCAACCAUCAAAAGAAGAAGAAUAAUAAGCAAGCAACAGAGAAGACAACGCCACGGAAACGUAAGUUUGAACCAGAGAUGGGGUCAGAAAGGAGGAACCCGUCCCGCAAGGCUCGUCCGCCUGAGAACUUUGCAGUGGAGGAAAAGAGUGAGCCGCUCACCCAAAGAGGCCCCAGGACGGUAGACGUCAGGAGACUAGUGGAGGUGGACGAGGAACAUGUUGGUGAGAGACGGAAAACAAGGAAGAGCCUCGGUUCAAGGAGAAGCCAGUAUGUGAUUAAGUCAGUUGACGAAAUCUCCAAAGAAGACCUGGACAACAUAGCAUACCGCAGCAAAGACAAGAUCUGGGACAAAGAGAACGGCAGCUCAUGUCACCAGUGCAGACAGAAGACUCUGGACACCAAGACAGUGUGUCGCAGUGGUGUCUGUGUGGGGGCCAAAGGUCAGUUCUGUGGGCCGUGCUUGAAGAACCGCUACGGAGAGGACGUACGCGCCGUGCUGCUCGACCCGAUGUGGUCGUGUCCCAUCUGCCGAGGCAUGUGUAACUGCAGUCUGUGUCGUAAAAAGGAUGGCCGCUGUGCUACCGGCAUCCUGGUGGGAUUGGCCCGCUACAAUGGUCAUGACAAUGUCCACGAGUAUCUGGAGAGUAUUCAGAAGGAGCUGCAGUAAAGUCCGGAGCAAUGACCAGCGAUGUGAACCAGCUCGUCCAGUUGUAACCUGGAGGUUGUGGUGCAGCAAAGUACUGUAGAACUAAUUUUAAUGCACAUCUUUAUGUUUAGAUUAACCCUUUAUCUAACUAGAGAAACAAAAGCAAAAAGAUUUAUUGUUUAUUGUUAUUUUAUGUCACCUUUCAAGGCACAUACACUGUUAAUAUGUUUUACAUAACUUGAUUCAAGGCUGUAUUAGAUGCAGGACAGUUGUUUUUUUUCUUUAUUUUUUUAAGCCAGUUCUGAGUUUUAAGUUGAAUAUUUUCUUUGGAAUAUGUCUACUCUUGAUGUUCACUUUUACAAACGCAAAAAGCCUUUUAUAAAAAACACUUUCUUAAAAGUGGGUCAGUCCACUGUAAAAUUUAAAUAAAGAAUGGCAUGAUCUAAAAGAUAUGCCAUGUUUUCCUAA